CGGAAGAGACAAGCGGAGCUCCAACUAUCAACACAUAAAACCAUAAAGCUGCUUCCAGCUCCAGCGCAGGAGACUCAAUGACACUGCUGCUCCAAAUCGCCUCAGCACCAUUUAAGGGUAUGAGUCGGCUAUUUUGAUACAAGGUCAAUCAUGAGUGCUAAAGCAGUGAGCUGCACAAUAAAAUCACCUGUGGCGCUGCAGAUCGGAGACGCUGUAUCUGAUUCAUCUCGCCCUGGUGUCUAUAUAACAGACAUCACCCUUGCCGAGCCUGUGAACAUUCAGGAAAUCUCGUUCAAGAACUACUACACAGCGUAUUUGACGGUCUGUUUGCAGCAGAGAGUGGACGGUUCUGCUAAGUGGGUCACUUGUUUGAGAAACUACUGCCUCAUGAGCAAGCCACACGCUGAGGCCGGAUCACAUGACUAUUUCUCCAUCUACAGACAACAGAUGUUGCUGGAGCCUGAUAACGUGAUGACAGUGAGACUCAUCUUGCGACAGCCCUCCUCUGAAUGGCUCAAUUUCAGCAUUGAGGAAAUUAACAUUUUCCCAUGUGCAAAAGAGGACUCAGAGCGAGAUGUUCCUGUCUGGUUAUCCACUCUCACACCUGUAGAGGAACCUCUUGAUUUGAAUGGACUUCCUGAUCCAGAGACAGUUUCCUCCAGUAUUCAGCAGAUGUGGGCACUCACUGAGUUAAUGCAGGCGAGCCAAACCGCAGCUUCCAUCGGACGUUUCGACGUGGAAGGCUCUUAUGACGUCAAAUUACUGUCGCACACAUGACGGGAAAGCUGAAAACUGAAACUUACUACAAGUUCAUCGACUGUUUAUAAUUUAAUAUCUUGAGCUACUGACUACUUGCACUGGGAUAUCUUUAUUUAAUAUUGGAAUUACUAUUUAUAUACAGUGUGUUUUAAUGCUAUUUUAUUCCACUUAAUUUUUAUUUUAAGGUUCCAGAAUAUUUUAACUUACUUUACAUGAAAUCUGGUCUAUCUAUCUAUCUAUCUAUCUAUCUAAUGUUUUUUUGAGACUCUCAACACAGUUAUUAUAACACACACAAGUGUGUCAAAAGUUAUGGAGGGCCUGUAUC